UUCCGUUCCACUAUCCGGUGGCGGAGACAUCAGGAGGAGAUGGCGGCCAGAGGUAGUUUUCAAUCGGCUCCAACGGGAGGAGGUAGUGGCGGGGGAAUGGGACCUGGACCCCAGGUGCAAGGUGGAGGACCAGGCAUGGGACCUGGAACUCCUGGUGGAAGGAUGGGACCCUCAUCGGGCGCACAGAACCACCUUUACCGAUCUCCGAUGCCUGGGCCUGGAUACCCGAGACCAGGUGGGAUGCCACCCUCCAGCCGUAUGACACCACAGGGUCCGCCCAUGGGGCCUCCAGGCUACGGCUCCAGCCCCGUGUCCCGACCAGGAAUGCCUGGCGUCAUGGAUCCCUCCCGUAAGAGGCCUGCCCCUCAGCAGGUCCAGCAACAGCGCAACCAACAUACCAAGAAGAAGAAGAUGGCGGAUAAGAUUUUACCUCAGAGGAUCCGGGAGCUGGUGCCAGAGUCUCAGGCCUACAUGGACCUGCUGGCGUUUGAGAGGAAGCUGGAUCAGACCAUCAUGAGGAAACGUCUGGACAUCCAGGAGGCACUCAAGAGACCCAUUAAGCAAAAGCGAAAGCUUCGUAUCUUCAUAUCCAACACCUUCAACCCUGCCAAGCCCGACGCAGAAGACGGAGAGGGCACUGUUGCAUCAUGGGAGCUGCGUGUCGAAGGGCGUCUGCUUGAAGAUACUGCUGUGUCCAAGUAUGAAGCCACCAAGCAGAAGAGAAAGUUCUCUUCCUUCUUCAAGUCUCUGGUCAUCGAGUUGGACAAGGACCUCUAUGGGCCUGACAAUCACUUGGUCGAGUGGCACAGGACUGCGACCACUCAGGAGACAGACGGGUUCCAGGUGAAGAGGCCAGGGGAUGUGGGCGUACGCUGCACUGUCCUGCUCAUGCUGGACUACCAGCCCCCUCAGUUCAAGCUGGACCCUCGCCUGGCCCGUAUGUUGGGGAUCCACACCCAGACCAGGCCGGUCAUCAUCCAGGCACUCUGGCAGUAUGUUAAGACCCACAAGCUGCAGGACCCCCACGAGAGAGAGUUCAUCAACUGUGACAAGUACCUGCAGCAGAUCUUUGAGACUCAGCGUAUGAAGUUCUCUGAGAUCCCACAACGCCUCCAUGCUCUCCUGAUGCCUCCAGAACCUAUCAUCAUUAACCAUGUCAUCAGUGUGGAUCCCAACGACCAGAAGAAGACAGCCUGCUAUGACAUCGAUGUGGAGGUGGACGACACUCUAAAGACCCAGAUGAACUCCUUCCUCCUAUCCACCGCCAGCCAGCAGGAGAUAGCUGGCCUGGACAACAAGAUCCAUGAGACCAUAGAGACGAUCAACCAGCUGAAGACCCAGAGAGAGUUCAUGUUGAGCUUCGCCAGAGACCCCCAGGGCUUCAUCAACGACUGGCUGCAAUCACAGUGCAGGGAUCUCAAGACUAUGACUGAUGUGGUUGCGAACCCAGAAGAGGAGAGGAGAGCAGAGUUCUAUUUCCAACCCUGGGCCCAGGAGGCCGUGUGUCGUUACUUCUACUCCAAGGUCCAGCAGAGGAGGCAGGAGCUGGAACAAGCCCUGGGAAUCAGAAACACUUAGAGAUGAAGAUGUUGAAGAAAAACAGGCCGACAGAUGAACAAGUGGCCAUUCUCUCUGGGAGGAGGAAAGGAAGUGUGGGACAUUCAUUAAUACACCCCCGAUUUGAGAAAAACAUCUUUGAUAUACAUCUGCUUUCCUGCUGGUGGUAACUAUAGGAUAUCUUUUUGAAAGUCACCUAGCAGGCUGUUAUGGUUAUAUAUCAAUGUUAGAUUUUUACUUCUUAUCUCUUCAUAUUUGUCCUGCUAAAAGAUCUUUUGACUUUUGACUUUUUCUCAAUGGUCUCUCUCUAUGCCUUACCUCAAUGCAUUCCCUUUUGGGGCUGAACUCUCAAGUCGCCAAUCUUGAAUCUAUAUUCAGGCCUAAGUGAGGUUGAAAUGACCCCCAACUAAGUAUUGAUGCUACUCCACCAUAACUAAUAUUGAGUAUUUUAAGUCUUAACAUUUGGCCAUUUGUGAAAGAGCAUUGGGUUAAUUUUAAAUACUUUGACUGUCUCUAACCUGCUCUGAGUCCAUACUAACUCAUAACUGAUUAGGUGAUAGACUACACACACUACCAUUCUGGCUUUGGUCUGGAAUAGAUUUUUCAGUGUUUGUUUGGUAUUGAUAGGGUUGUGAGUAUUCAGUGGUCUUUUAUUGGUGUGCUGGCUGUCCGUUUCUUAGUGGUUCAAGACUAUUCUAGAAUUCUUGUUGUAGAAUAUUGUGUACCUCAAAAGUUCUCCCCUGAACACUUCAAAGUAUGGUGAUGGCAGCCGGGCUUCACAAUAUUGUGAAGAUUCAGUAUGUUGGUUUAGUUAAUCAUUUAAGGGGCCAUUUUAUUUGAAACUAUUUUUGUGAUGCUUUUUUUUUGUUUGUUAAUGAUCUUUUUUUAUGUUUCGAAACUAUGAAUUAUAUUAAAGCUUGUAUUGUUAGAAGUUAAACCUUAAAGAAGUAGUGUUAGCAGUAAUAACCUCAAGUCGAUCUAGUUUUGUAAAUACUGAGCAGAAUAAUCUGGUUUGAUGUGAAGGAAAAAUGUCUGUUUUUAAAGGGCAGACCAUCAUUUUGACUCAUUGUCUAAUGCUCCGAUUAGUUUUCCCAAGACGUUCCCCUUCAAGUGAUACCAAUGGUUUAAUCCAGAACAUUCUCUAUAACCUAACAGCAAGCUGAAGUUGCUUGUUGACCCCGGGUGGAAGAGAGAACAACCUUCAAGGUUCUACUGUUCGGUUAAGAAGACUCCUUCUGGGAUUUCAUCUUUAGUAUUUGUUAGUGUGCAGACGCCAUCAACACGAGGAAGAUGAGCAUAGAGCUGGGUUCACUAGUAGAUGUGACAUAUUGAAGAUUUUCAUAUUUUUUGAUAGUAUGAUCGAAAGCUUCUGCUUGUUGUAUUUCUGUUUAGAUAUGAUGACAGGUAAAGAAUGUAUGAAGUUUCAUGGUUGGACUCAAUUCAUUAUCAGUUCAAUAGUCAAGUGAAUUGAAAUUAAGCGACAUCUAUUUUCAAUGGGGAUUUUUUUUUCUUCAAUAUUAAAGUGUAUUUUCCAUCCACGCUCUGAUUAUCCUGAAUUGCCCCCAAUCCUGUAAAGGAUGAUACUGAAGACUGAUUGAAAUCUUCAGACUUAAAUUGUAUUUUUCUCUUAUUGACCAAACCUAUUUUUCCCUGUAUGUUUUAAUCCUAUGCUAUAAUAAAGGAUAUCUUCAUGAUAA